AUGACGACUUCGAACCUGCGACAAGCGGCCAAAGACGCCCCCGCUAGCUCUGCAUCGACAAUUCCAUCCGAUAGUUUCAGAUUGUCUGUUGGAGACGAGGAAGCGGUGGAGCUGAUGGCAUCAAGUGGCUCGCUGCAGCUGCAGCGCCUCGCUCGCGUGAAACAGACGGGAUUCUGGGCUAGCAUGGGACUCGGAGGUGUUGCGAGGCGAACCUUGGGCAUUUGUCUGCUUUUGGUGACCGUCUUCCUCUGGACACUAUCCAACUUUCUUGCCAGCUUCAUUUUUUCCGACCAUACAUACGACAAACCGUUCUUUCUCGUCUACGUAAACACGUCAGUCUUUGCCGUCUCGCUGAUACCAAUGUUCGCCAAAUACGCAUUCAGAAGCGGCAUCCAAGGCGUACGGAGCGACUUGGCGCAAAUUUGGGCGGAGCACAAGCAGCGAGGAGCAUACAGAAAAGCAGCGACUGAAGACGAUGCUUCAAGAGGCGACGGAUCAAUGGCGAGUGCCGAGGGCGCCGGGGGACAUGUCUUGGCCGACGGCCAAGAACAGCUCAGCUUCCGCGAGACGUUGGUGCUCAGCCUGGAGUUUUGCAUGCUGUGGUUUCUAGCCAACUACUUUGCAUCGGCAUGCUUGGAGUUUACGAGCGUUGCGAGCGUGACUAUUCUCACGUCGACGAGUAGUGUGUGGACCUUGGUCUUUUGCGCCCUGAUGCGGGUAGAGGCGUUUAGCGUGCGCAAGCUGGUUGGCGUCAUGGCCUCCCUGGUAGGUAUUGUCUUGAUCUCGACGGUCGACUUGUCCGGAGAGAGCGACGAGAACAGAGGGUCGUUUCCGCACAAGACGCCGGGGCAGAUUGCCAUUGGCGACGCCAUGGCCUUUUUCAGCGCCAUUGUGUACGGCAUGUAUGUCACAGUUAUGAAGAGACGGCUGGGUCACGAGGACAGGGUGAACAUGAAGCUCUUCUUCGGGUUGGUCGGCGCCAUCAACCUGGUGCUGCUGUGGCCAUUGUUUUUUAUCCUUCAUUGGACAAAUGUUGAGCCAUUUGAGCUGCCUCCUACGGGUACAAUCUGGAUCAUAAUAAUUGUCAACUCUCUGUCGUCCUACAUAAGCGACAUGUCUUGGGCAUUUGCCAUGCUUCUAACCACUCCGCUGGUCGUGACGGUUGGGAUAUCCCUUACGAUUCCGCUAUCUUUGAUUGGAGAGAUGAUACAGUACGGGCAGUACUCGAGCUUUGUGUACUGGAUCGGGGCUGCGGUGGUGUUUGUGUCGUUUGUGUUUGUGAAUCACGAAAGCCGCGAGGAUGAGGGACGACAUGCAGCAGCUGGUCACCAAGACGGGCAUACGGUAUAG